UAAACUUUGGCAGACAGAUUCUUUAUUUAAACUUAGCACACCAGUUCUGUCACUGCUACAAAAACCCCACUACACUUUCUUUGUCUCCCACAACAAUGGUGGCUCAAGCAUGUGUUCUCACUGCAGCAUUGCUACUCUCUACUCUACAUUUUCUUGCUGUAGUUGAUUCUCAGCCUGGUGCUGAUAGAAUUGAUACCUUGCCUGGCCAGCCAAAAGUUGGCUUUCAGCAGUUUGCUGGGUACAUCAGUGUUGGUGAGAAACAGGAAAGAGCUUUGUUCUAUUAUUUUGUUGAGGCUGAAACCAAGGCAGAUUCAAAGCCUCUGGUUCUUUGGCUAAAUGGAGGACCUGGGUGCUCUUCUGUUGGAGCUGGAGCCUUUGUUGAGCAUGGUCCUUUUAGGCCAAAGGGAAAUGUAUUGCUCAGGAAUGAGUAUAGCUGGAACAAAGAGGCAAACAUGUUGUACUUGGAGUCACCUGCGGGGGUUGGCUUUUCUUAUUCUUCCAACAAAUCCUUCUAUGACUAUGUGAAUGAUGAGAUGACAGCGCAAGACAGUCUUGUCUUUCUUCAGCAUUGGCUUGAGAAAUUUCCACAGUACAAGGACAGAGAUUUCUUAAUCAGUGGAGAGAGUUAUGGGGGACACUAUGUUCCACAACUUGCACAGCUUAUUGUUAAGACAAAAGCAAAGAUCAAUCUCAAGGGAAUUGCGAUAGGGAAUCCUCUAUUGGAAUUCAAUACGGAUUUCAACUCUAGAGGUGAAUACUUCUGGUCUCAUGGCUUAAUAUCAGACUCUACUUAUGACCUGUUCAAUACAGUUUGUAACUAUUCCCAAAUCCGAAGGCAAGCUGAGAAAGGAUCUCUUUCCCCUGAUUGUUCUAGAGUGAUUAGGCAAGCCUCAAAUGAGAUUGGGAGAUUAAUCGACUCAUAUGAUGUUACUCUUGACGUCUGUUUGUCCUCAGUCCUUUCACAAUCUGGGGUUUUAGAUAAAACACAUGAUUCUGAGAACGUAGAUGUUUGCGUAGAGGAGGAAACGGUUGUUUACUUGAACCGGAAAGAUGUACAGAAGGCUCUCCAUGCUAAGCUUGUUGGCGUCACUAGAUGGAUUACAUGCAGCAGUGUCUUGCAUUAUGAUAUGGAGAACCUCGAGGUACCUACGAUCAAUAUAUUGGGUUCACUAGUCAAGUCUGGCAUUCGCGUUUUGGUAUACAGCGGAGACCAAGAUUCAGUUCUUCCGCUUACUGGAACCCGGUUACUGGUUGAUAGACUGGCAAAGGAAUUGAAACUCACAACAACUGAGCCAUACAGUUCUUGGAUUGAAGGUGGACAGGUUGGUGGAUGGACACAAGUAUAUGGUGAUCACCUAUCCUAUGCCACCAUUAGAGGAGCUGCUCAUGAAGCACCAUAUACGCAACCAGAGAGAUCGCUUGUUCUUUUCAAAGCCUUCGUGGAGGGUAAGCCAUUACCAAAGCCAAUCGGAACAUCAACUACACAAACAAACAAGCUUCUUAAUAUCAGAUUGUAAUCAUAGACAUAUUGCAAUCUGGAAGCUUUUAUUGCUAAUUGUAUCUAAUAAGGGGGGGCCUGUCACCAUUUUUCACAAAAGAGCAACACACUCAACAGCCAUACCAUUGUCAUUUUUUUGCAUCUCAACAUGUAAUACCAACUCAGUUCAUGUUAUGUUUUUGGCAACUAUCCUAAGAAAGAUACAGUCUCGGGUUCGAUUCA